AUGGUGGAUUCCAGCAGCAACAUGACAAUGCUUUCCCGGGCUUUAUCACAGCCUACACUCGAGUUGACAGAAUCGAGCGAUGUUAGUCCUACGAGAACGAUUUCGCUGCAUCCAUGCCGAAGGAGAAUGUUAUCGAGCUGCACCUCGAUCGAGAUCAUUGAGCCGGUGACUUCAUAUAUCGAGGAGCGAGUCCUGGUUAUCAACACCGGAGGAACCAUCGGAAUGACUCCUCAUCCUGAUGGGUUAAGCCCAGAACCCAAUGCAUUUGUGAAGAACCUACGCAAGUUGCCCUUCUUCCACGAUGAGAAGUAUGCCAAGGAGACCCGCCUGUCUGAGUACUAUGGAGAUGAGACCCUGGUCUUGCCCCUGAGUAAAGACAAGAAGAGGAUAGUCUACACUAUUUUAGAGUACAACCCUUUGCUGGACUCCUCUAAUAUGACCACAGAAGACUGGGCUAAAAUUGGAAAGGACAUUGAGAAAAACUAUGAAAGCUAUGAUGGUUUUGUGGUCCUCCAUGGCACAGACACUAUGGCUUACACAGCCUCUGCCCUGUCCUUCAUGUGUGAACAUUUGGGUAAACCAAUCAUUGUCACUGGAUCACAGGUGCCGAUCUAUGAGAUGAGGAAUGAUGGCAGAGACAACCUGCUGGGGGCGCUGCUGAUUGCUGGCCAGUUUGUCAUUCCUGAGGUGUGCCUGUAUUUUUACAACAAACUCUACAGAGGGAAUCGUACGACCAAGGUGGAUACUGAGAGUUUCAAUGCAUUCGCCUCUCCUAACUUGACCCCUUUGGCCACUGCUGAAGUGGGAAUUACAAUCAACUGGGAUACGGUGUGGAGGGCAAACACCACAGCAAAGUUUCAAGUCAGCCCUGAGCUGAACAGGAACGUGGGCCUGCUCAGGCUGUUCCCAGGGAUCACCACUGCUACUAUAAGGGCUUUCCUGCAGCCGCCCAUGGAGGGUGUGGUCCUGGAGACCUACGGCAGUGGAAAUGCCCCCGAUAACCGAGAUGACCUGUUGGCUGAGCUGAAGGAGGCCACCGCCCGUGGUGUCAUCAUCAUGAACUGCACCCAGUGUCUGAGGGGGACCGUGUCUCCAUUUUACCACACUGGCACGGUAUUGCUGAAAGCAGGGCUGAUACCUGGCAGUGAUAUGACUCCAGAGGCUGCCCUUUCAAAGCUGUCCUACGUAUUGGCCAAGAAAGACCUAUGUCUUGAUGCCAAGAAAAAGAUGAUGGCUCAGAACCUGCGAGGUGAGAUGAGUGCCGAGUUAGCAGGAGCCAAGCUGUGUAUGAGAGAUAGCCGUUUCAUCCAGGCCAUCGCCAAGUUUCUUAGCAUCAGCUGCAAGGAGGAGCUGGAAGCCAUCCGUGAUGCCCUGACUCCCUCACUGGCAUGUGCUGCUGCUAAGACUGGAGACAUAGAGACCUUGGAAGCCCUAAAGGAAAUGGGCAGUAACUUGUGUCUGUGUGACUAUGAUGGACGUACACCCCUACAUGUUGCCGCCUGUGAGGGCAACCACAAAGUGGUGGAGUACCUACUGGGUCUUGGAGCAUCAGUCUAUGCUAAAGAUCGCUAUGGGGACACACCCCUAAGCAACGCUGUACGCUUCAGGAAGAAGGAGGUUGUGAAGCUGCUGAGAAAGACUGGAGCCCACUUCUCCAAAGAUGAGUUGGAUGAAGCAGGAACCGAACUGUGCUGCCUGGCAGCCUGUUCUGACCUGGUUGGACUGGAAAUCUUUCGUCUUGCCGGAGCUGAUCUGAAUAAACCAGGCUACGAUGGACGGACAGCAAUUAGAGUGGCCCAGGAGGCUGUUGGCAAGCAGGAAGUGGUGGACCAUAUAGUCCAACUCCAGAGAGAAAAAGCCAAGACCGAAGGGAUCGACACCCCGACAGGACUGUGAGCUGAAUCUACCUUGACCAACAGGAAUUGUCCUAUCUACCCCCCCACCCAAGCCGUCCUCUACACACCAUCCACGGUUCUGUUGAAUGUUACAGACUUGCUCUCACUUUGAAUGCUUAAAUACUUUUUAAAGCCAUCGCUGCUUACAGUGUUUCCCUCCAAACCCAUUGAUUGCACAACAUUGUGUAACCACUGUUUUAAGUGCAAGCUGAUCACAAAGGGCUGCACUAGAUGUAUGUAUAUGUUUGAUUGUUGCACAGUAGUAUAUGUAAUAUGAAACAUAUCAUCCUGAAUGUGAAGGUCUAAUCAGGGAUUAAGGGUGAAACUUACCUGAGCUGUUUUAACAUGGAGAGUGCUGAAAGCUCCCAUUACUCCUUCAACAGUGAAGGAGGUGUGCUAAAUGACUUUAUGAAGUAAUGUCUCUUGCUAUAACAACAUAUUCAUGUUAUCUGAAACUACAGGGUACAAAGUAUAAUUUAUGGAUUUUAUUACCUGGUGUGUUAUCCAAGUGUAGCACUUGUCCACUGCUCCUGAAACAGAGCUCUUCAUUUCCUGUUGUUCAAACAGGUACUACAAAAACCCGUAGUUACCUUUCAGACUCAUCCAGCCUGUUUCUUACACUGAUUACUAAGCUGGAAAAGUUGCAUAUCUGACUUUGAAAUGGAAAUUCAGACUAUUGUGUGAGUCAAUUAAAGACUGCCUACAGUUUCAGUGUUACAUUUUGUAUUUUGAAUGUCUUUUUUUAUAGUCUUUUCCAUCCACGAUCACAAACAAAGGACUUGCUUUGCUUUCCUUUGUUGUGUAUCGAGUAAACAUAGCUACUCUUGUUUAAAAAGUUGAUUUAAUCAAUGAAUAUUAAAGUGCAACAAAAUUUUAAUUACUUUAAAUUGUUCCUGCUGUUACCAAUGCUGUUAUUUCCCUACUUUUGUAUUGCAAAUGUGUGUGUAAGAAAGUGAUUCAGUGGUCUUCCUCCUGUGAAAAAAAUAAAAGGAACAGAAAUAAAUCUCUAGUUUCAAA